AUGGAAAACCUCGCGGAAGCUAUAUGUAACCAUCACGAGAUCGACAUAUCUGAUCCGUCACUACCGAGUCAAAGUGAAAUAUCCACCGUGGGUAGAAUAUGCUGCGAUUCGGAGGGAAAGCUUAACCCCGAAUCAGUGAUACUAGAAUCCUUACCGUAUUUCGGUGGGAAAAGGGUAAAAUUAGCGAUAAAUAACCUUUCAUCGUACGCGCUUUUUCCCGGACAGAUCGUAGGGAUUCAGGGAACAAACAAUUUUGGAUCAGAGAUAAAUGUAUCCAAGAUUCUGGAGGUACCCCGGUUACCAAUGUGCCGUACUUCGCCCAAUAUAAUCAAAGAUUAUUAUGGGCCUACAAAGUUAAACGGAAGACCAUUGAAUGUGUUCGAAGGAACCGGAUGUGCUAAAAAUUAUAACAUCGAUUGUAAGAUGGGUCCAUUCGUCGAUGAGGAUCAUUCCUUGAUUCAAGCGGGUGAAAUGGAUAUGACUCCAGGAGAAAUUUUUGCGAGGAAAAUAAAUCCUAUGCUGUAUGCGUUUACCCGGAGUACGCCAACGGUAAAGGUGGUCAUGAUUCCUAGCAUAAAAGAUGUAUUUCAUAAUCACAUAGCCUUCCCGCAACCACCAUUUGGCAGAUCAGGAAUUGUGGAGGGCAUCACAUGUCUUUCCAAUCCCGUUCAAUUUCGAGUGAAUGAAAUCGUUUUCGCUAUUAGCAAUAUCGACGUUUUAUGUCAUCUUUUUCAAGAUGAGACCGAAAAAGACAGUGAGUAUCGGUGUUUCUUCGAUAUUACAUUACACCGGGAUUUCUGUAAUCGACAAAUGUUAAUAAUAGGUCACAUUUUUAGCCUUUAUCCGUUAUUUCCACCAUCGGCCGGAGCAAAUUUGGAUCUAAAACAUUGGUCCAGUCUCGACUUGUUAUAUACGCCUGACGUGCUCGUGUUACCUUCGAAACUAAAAUAUUUUGCAAAGGUCAUCGACAAAGUAAUCUGCAUCAACCCCGGCUACCUAGCAAAAGGGUCCAACACAUACAUAAAGAUGACGAUACAUCCGCCUCCUCAGAGCAUCGAAGGAGAAGCGGAAGCGGAACAUCUUGUUCAUCAAAGAACACGUGUGGAUAUUAUCAGAAUCUGA